AUGGCGGGAAGCUCUAACGUGCCCCACAAGACGUCGCUGCCCGAGGGCAUCCGGGUGGGCACCGUGAUGAGGAUUCGCGGCGUCGUCCCGGAAAAGGCCGCCAGGUUCUAUGUGAACCUGCUGUGCGGCGAGGGGCCGGGCGGGGAGGCUGCCCUCCAUUUCAACCCGCGGCUGGACGAGUCCACGGUGGUCUUCAACAGCCUGGAGCAGGGCACCUGGGGCCGGGAGGAGCGCGGCUCAGGCAUUCCCUUCCAGCAUGGGCAGCCCUUCGACGUGCUCCUCAUCGCCACCGAAGAAGGGUUCAAGGCGGUGGUCGGCGACUCGGAGUACCACCACUUCCGCUACCGGAUCCCGCCGGCGCGCGUGCGCCUCCUGGAGGUGGGCGGGGACCUGCAGCUGCAGUCGGUGAAGAUCUUCUGAGCCUCCGGGCGGGCGGCGGGGUCGGGGGUCCGGGGUCCGG